UGAUGGAAACACUGAAAGAUAACAGAGACGCUACCCGACAAAGCACAACUCACAGAACGGUUCCCGAGUUCCGAGUGACUCAAUAACUUUACUCUUUCAUAUCCCAGAUCUCCUCUUUCUUCUCCGAUUUGCCUUAUUUGUUUUUUUUUUCAAUUCACCUUAGAUCUCCCAACGGUCACUCUUGCCAUCCAUCUCCCAGUUUUCAGUAUUCAGCAUUAACACGAACAUAUACAGUCCCAUAUUACCAUGUCCCGAAAUCUCUUCCUUCCUCUAAUUGUGUGUCUGGUUUUCGUGUCGCCGCCGCGUUCGACGGCCCAGCGAGGCGGCGGAACGGUGGUCACGGAGCUUUGGUGCGUCGCGAAGAACAACGCGGAGGACGCGUCGCUGCAGGGAGCGCUUGACUGGGCGUGCGGUCAAGGCGGGGCGAAUUGCAACCCGGUCCAGCAAGGCGGAGCGUGUUAUGACCCGACUGAUAUCCAGAAAACGGCGUCGUAUGCCUUCAAUGACUACUACUUGAAGAACGGCAUGACCGACGAUGCUUGCUCCUUCUCCAACAAUGCCGCCCUCACUUCUUUAAACCCCAGCUAUGGCAAUUGCAAGUUCCCUUCCAGCAAGACGGUGAACAAUGCAAGCAUUUCUGAGUCAACUGGAACACUUGGGGUUGGGCCGGAUUCUACUGCAGAUCUGAGUUCUUCUCAUCGCAUUGCUCAAUCCUGGCUCAUUCUUGCUCUCUCUUUCAUUCAUUUUGGAACUGUAAGGAUCUUCCCACUAAGCUAGUGCAAAAAUGAAGUUUUAGUUUAGAAUUUUUGAAGCAGAAAGGGCAAACAAGUUGUAUUUAUUUGAACUUUUGGGUUGGAUGUUUAGUUUUGUCAACUUAUUUAAUGAAUCUUUUUGCAA